AUGUGCCAUGGUUCUCAGGAAUUCACUUUGAAUCUCCUCAGUGUUCCUGCUAUUCUCUGUGAUGUAAGUGGAAUUACAAAACAAUUGGAUACAUUAGCUGUUGAUUUGAACUGUACUUUUCAACUGCAAAGUAACUACUACAAAGAUAAAAUUUCAGGUAUUGUAGCCUGCACGUGCAUUUUGACUGUAAAUGCAUUCUACUCAUCAAGUAAUGUGAUAAAAUUAACUUCAAUAAAUUUCAAUUCUCAAGUUAUUCAAAGUGACAAACUUUGGCUAGUAAAAUUCUAUGUUCAUUGGUGUGAACAUUGUGAGCAGUUUGUUUCAGAGUGGAAUAAUGUAGCUACUGCUUUGAAGGGCAUUGUUAAAGUUGGUGCAAUAGAUGUAACCAAAUAUGCAUCGAUAGGACAUCAGUAUGAAAUAGAAGAAUUUCCCACUAUCAAGUUCUUUGGACCCAAUAAGAACAAGCCAGAAAAAUAUUAUGGUGGAAGGUCAAGUGCAGCCAUUACUAAUGGAGUCCUUAAUUCCAUACGGUUCAUAGUAAAGGAUAGAUUAAUUGAACAAGGUGGUCUAUGUGGAUCUGGAGUACAGUGUAGACGAAUAAACAUUAAAUCUACAUUUGAACUGAAUGAUAACAACUUUGAUAACCAAGUGGCCAGAGGUGAUGAAAUAUGGAUUGUGGAAUUUUCUGCACCUUGGUGUGAGUACUGUUUAAGUCAACAGCCUGAGUGGGCUAAUACAGUUGCUGAACUAACCAGAAGGACUAAGGGGAAGGUCCACCUCGCAGCUGUGGAUACUGCAAUAAAUGAGGGGUUAGUCAUUCGAUAUGGGAUUCAACAAGUUCCAAUGAUUAAGAUAUUUCAAACAAACAAUGAAACUGUUGAUUAUAAUGGGGAGAAAUCUGCAUCCAGCAUUAUUGCUAAAGGACUUGAUUUGUAUGCUAAGAUGCCACCAUAUAAACUAUUUGAGCAAAUGGUCAAUGAAGAAGUCUUGAAGACAACCUGUGAUCAUCAGCUACUAUGUAUUAUUGCUGUGCUGCCUCACAUUCCUGACACAGGGUCUAAUGGCAGAAGUGAUUAUCUGAGCUUACUGAUGAAAAUGACAGACAAAUACAAAAAGAAAAAGUGGGGCUGGCUGUGGACAGAAGCUGGGGCUCAGCCAAAGUUAGAAAAUGCUUUAGGUAUUGGAGACCUGAUGUAUCCUACCAUAAUGGCAAUUGAUGCAAGAAGGAAAAAGAAAGUACUCUUGAAGAGUUCAUUCAAUGAACCUGGAAUAGCUGAAUUUUUUAGAAAAGAUUUCAAGGUCUUAGAGAAGGAUGCAGAAGACAUUUAG